AUGAAAAACACCAGCUGGAUUAGAAAGAACUGGCUUCUUGUAGCUGGGGUGUCUUUCAUAGGUGUCCAUCUUGGAACAUACUUUAUACAGAGGGCUGCAAAAGAAUCUGUAAAAUCUCAAUCUAGAGGCAAACAACAGAGUAUUGGAGAAUGAAGUAAAAAUAAAUAUUUGGAAUUACUAA